CCACACACAGUGGAGUGUGUGCGGAUGGGGUGAUGCCUCGAGAGCGCAUCACAGGACGACAAAACCCCUCUGCAAGACGCAGCGCCAGAGUAGAGCAGCUGUGGCAAGAAGAGUCAGAUUUCCUGGAGUUUAGAGGAGAAAAAAAAUCGAACGAAUCCUUGGUAUGCCUCUCAUAAAGCCUGAAUCUCUCUGAUCAUCUUUCCAGGAUUUGCACAGAGACGAUGUAGUGGACGAGAAAGAGGAGGACUCCACCAGUGGAGAGUUCUGGGGAUGCUUGGACACGGUUAUGGGUGAUCAGUGUCAUCUUUCAGCGGGGAAACAACACUGGAUAUGCACCGAAAAAAGUGGGAAUAAGUGAGUUUCGGGGGGCGCACAGGAUGGACACUGCGGAGGUUAUCCUCUCUGUGCUGGUGGUUGUCAUUAUCAUAGUGUCGUUGCUGUCCAACGUCCUGGUGCUGAUCUGCUUUCUCUACAACCCGGAGAUCCGCAAGCAGGUCCCAGGUCUCUUCAACCUCAACCUCACCUUCUGUAACUUGUUGCUCACGGUGUCCAACAUGCCGCUCACUUUGGUGGGACUCGUCAGUCAGGCUCAGCCCGGAGGAGACGGAUUCUGCCAGAUCGUGGGCUUUUUGGAAACCUUCCUAUCCACGAACUCGAUGCUGAGCAUGGCAGCUCUGAGCAUCGACAGGUGGAUCGCGGUGGUGUUCCCCUUGAGAUACCACUCCAAAAUGCGCCAUAAAGACGCCGCGUUCGUGCUCGGAUACACGUGGGUGCACUCGGUGUCCUUCUCCACGGUGGCCGCGUGCCUCUCCUGGGUGGGAUAUCACCGGCUUUACGCGUCCUGCACCCUGGCCAACCCGAGGGCGAGCAGCCGGACGCAGUUUGUCAUCUUUACCGUGUUUUUCCACUCCUUCACCUUCCUCCUGUCUUUUAUAGUUCUGUGUUUCACUUACCUCAAAGUGCUGAAAGUGGCGAGGUUUCACUGUAAAAGGAUAGACGUUAUUACCAUGCAAACUUUGGUGCUGCUGGUGGACAUACAUCCAAGGUGAGACCCCUGACUAUUACAUUUCUACAUAGUAACCUUCCUUUUACUCAAACACUGUCUCAUUUGGAUGAGGAUCAGUAAAAGUAUGCAUUUAGAAGUAAAAAGAACAAAUUUUACCCCCUUAACCAUAAACAAUUCUACGUUUUAUGUGUAUUUUUGAGCUAGUUGUGUGUGUAACACUACAGUUAAUAAAGCUCUCCCUCCUUUUUUCCUUUUUUUUGCUGACAUUUGAAUUUCUCCUCAGUAUUCAGAGGGUGCAAAAUCUGACCCCAUUGAAAUGUCAUCUAAAAUCUACCAAAAUGUCAUUGUUUUAUUCUGCCUCUGAACAGUACAGCUAACAUCUACACACACACACACACAUUUAUAUAUAUUUCUGACAUAUAUAGUGCGUGUGUAUGUGUGUGACAUAAGCCACAUCCAUUGGUUUCAGUUAAAAAAGUGGUGUCCCCUCUUGCACGCUCACAGCAGGAGUCCCCAUAGUGUAGUAAAAAUAAGUAGUGUGUGUUGUUAUUAUGAAGAUCCCUGCUAGUCUUAGAGGUGCACUCUCGUAAUCUAACUCCUGCUUUUUCUUAUUUGAUUAUUACAUAACUUACACAAAGUUACAACUUAAAAACAAAUUCUUGAAAGUAAGGGUCCUCACUUUGCAGAGUGUUUCAACUCCUUUACUAUGCAGAGGUGCGCCCGUUUUGUGCUUUUGUUUACGAGUUUUCUCCUGCGCUUUGCACCCAAUGAACUCUCUGCUUCCAGCGUUCGACAGCGUUGCCUGGAGGAGCAGAAAAGGCGACGACAAAGAGCCACGAGGAAGAUCAGCACCUUCAUUGGCACCUUCAUGCUCUGCUUUGCCCCCUAUGUGAUUACAAGGUGAGUGCUGGAGAUUAACAAGUAGGUGGUUGGGGGCACUCUGCCGCAUAUACACAGCCUCUUUUGCUUUGCUGGUAUCCCCUUAACCCCCCUCCCUCAUCGUCGUCGUCGUCGACCCACCCCUACACCAUCCCACCGCCGCCUCCCCCCUGCUUCCUCUACACACCAGCCGGAGUUGGAAGAUGAGAUUGGCUGACCUUGUGAUAAGUAAUAUGCCUCUGCUGUUGUUGCUGCAGCACCAGCACUUUUCUCCUCAAGUUCGUCCGGUGCAUCAGUUUGUCAGGUAGAGUCUGCUCACAUUAAUCACCGGCCAAAGAGAGGAUGUCAGUUUGCAUGUGAGUGGACAGGAGAAGGACACAAAAGUAAUUGCAAUGAGAAGAAAGCCUUAAAAUGGUGCACGUUUCCCCUUUUAUAUAAAUUAUAUUCAAAUCAUCAUCAUGCUAUAGAUUUCAUUUAAGAAGAAGCUAAGAGGAGGAAAACAUGAAACUUCAAAGGCCCCGUUUUUCCAAAGCACCCUGAAAGAAAACAAAAGAUUUUAUUUUUCUGCUUUUUAAAUUUUGCUUUGAACAUUUUUCAAAGUGCCUGUUUGUGCUUUGGAUGUGGAUUUUCUCAGCAGCAAAGAAAGAAAAAAAAAGGUUGCUGUUGAAAACUUUAAUUAUCAAAUUUCCCUUCACCUUCAAAGGCACUUCAUUUACCUUCAGUGUGUUUGGUUGGGAGCAAUGAUUUCUGAACACUCAAGAAAAUUGUCCAUUUUGGCAGCCAGUGUGAAUAAGAUUAUUUUUCAAAGCUUGAUGUUUAAAUUCCCCUAACAAUUUAUUUUCCCACUAUUAUGAACUCAGUCGUAUUGUAAUAUCCAUCAAAAAGCACCAUCUAGGAAUUAAAUCUGCUUUUCCUUCUUUUCUGUUUAUGGAUGUUGAUGCACAUUCAUCUAUCAUGGUUCUAACAGUGGAGGAAGAAAAGGUCUAUUACACUUCUAAAGAAAUGCAUUGAACAUCAAAUUUUACAUGGAUCAGAUUUUACCAAUGCAGACGUUUAAUAACUGAUGUGUCUCGAUUUCAUUCAAAAGUCGCAUCCCUGCACAUCUGCUCUGCUGAUGCACUUACAUCGUCCCCCUUUAUGUCCAUGUAUCACGAUGAAUUGCUCAAUUUUCCCAUCCUUAGCUCUCUGUAGUGCAGGUAAAUUAAGUAUCUUAACCUCUCUGCUAAUGUGAAUCUCACAGACACUCAGACAUCACCUGUAUGUCCGCUCAUUAAACGUCGUAGAUCAACUCAUUGCAACACUCUCAACACACUUGUAUUCUGCUUCUUGACUGUUUUAAAUUACUCUUUUCUGUUGUUUUGGCCUCUAAACUUUAUUUGAUGUAUUAUUUGGAAUAACACAAAGUUAAUUCACAAAGGGCUUGAUCUAUUAAGAUCCAAAAUACCGAGCACUAAAUUGCAUGUGCAAACUAAAAAAUUGCAUGUGCUAUUAGUGGUCAUGUUGCGGGUGAUCUACUAUCAUUGUGUGCGGGAGCAAAAGUGGUGCGCACCGCCCUCUUUAAACGCGGAUUUUGCGUGCGCUAUUGGCUAUAGGCGCUCUCUGCAUGCUGCUCCAGUUUGCACGUGCCUGUCAAACAUGCUAAAUAUAGACGCAAAAUAGCGACCUCCCAGAAUUUUGCGCGUUCUGAUGAUCUAUAUACAUUCUGCAUAUUCUUGAAGGCAAACUCGCUAAAUCGAUUGCGCGCGCUGUUUUGCUCAUUUGACAGACGCAAUCCUCGGUGCACCCAGUUAGUAGAUCAGGUUUGCGUGCGUUAUCAAGUUUGCACAUUUUUUUGCACAAACUUUUAGUAGAUAAGGCCCUAAAAGUGGUCGCAGUGCAGAAUAGAAACUUCCUUUAAACAGGCAGAAACCUCGAGAAAAACCAGACUCCCCUGCAGACAGCCAUCUACCACUGAGAGAGUGCGCUUAUUAAAGUGAUUGAAACUCUUUUUAGGACACUACGCCGUCACAAAUAAAGCACAAAAGCCUUUUUGAAUUGUUUUUUUUUAUCCCCUAGGACAACAAGCGCUGACACUUUGUUGUGUUAUCGGUAAACUCUCAGUAAUGAACGACCACAGUGGCACUGUACAUGCUCUCAUCCUGCAAAUGGCCCUUUACUAAUUACAGUGUGAAUACAUUACGCUAAAAGCUCCUGAACUCCCUCUCUGAUGAUCAUUUGUUGUCAGGGUCAUCAUGUGUGUGUGAAAGCCACGCUGUGCUUUGCGGUGUGGCCGACUUAACCUCGUGUUCACCACAGUGAUGUAGAGUGUGUGGGAAAAUGCCACUGAUGGCUACUGGCCCAUGUGCGCCGGUGUUAAUGUGCUGACAGAGCUUGAAUGUGGACAGAGUAAUCAUAUAUAGUGCAGGAGUGGAGGAUCAGCAUGUAUUUUUUAUACCUUUAAUGACUUCACAUACGGUAAAUUAUUUCUGUACUCAAAAGAAAUGAGUGUAAUUACUUCAAUUUAAUAUUUUUAUGAGCAUGCCAUGAAUUAGGUACUUGAAGUGGACAAAAUGAAAAAGUGUAAAGCUCAUUAGGUGCCAUUUAAGAUUAAAUGUAUAGUAUUUUAGAGAAAGAACAGCAUUUUCCACUUGCUGUUGGAAAAACUCCCUGUCCCCAGUCCUGUAAGAUCUCCUAUGUAGCCCUCACACUAAUACGGGAUUGAAUAACAGUCUCAGUUUCUUGGCUUGUUUCCAGACCCUCAUUACUGCUCAGAAUGGCCUAUGUUUUUCAUCUGAUGGCUUUUUACAGGAAUGUCACUGGUUGAUAAUUAAAAAUGUAAAGCAUGUAAAGCAGCUGACAAGAGAGGACACACUAUGACAACACAAAAGAUUAUGAAACAACAAAUGCAAAUCCAGUUAUUCAAAAAGCGCAAACUAACCCUAACCCUAAAGGUCCUUACACACUGGGGGCCGACAAAAAUAUACGACGCUAAAUUACAAAAUAUAUGGAAGCAAAUUUUGACACACCUGACUAUACACAUCAAGCACGAUGCUAUUUUGUGACUUUCCGGGGGGAAAAAGACGCGUGCCAGGUGGAAACGAGAAGACUGACACAACAGCAGACUGACUGUUAUUCAGUUCUGAUUAGAUACUAGUGUUGAGAUGUCUGUCUUCAUGAUAGCAUGUACUGAGUCGGGGCCAGUACCAGAUAAGCACAUUAAACAAUAAUCCAUAAAUGUAAGCUAACAACCGAGACCUAAUGGUGCUGUGACAGCAACGUGAUUGAGUUUGAGACAGUGAAAAUACAUAUGGUAUGUUGUAUCUGAACAGGCUAGCUUACGAGCUAAAGUUACUUAGCACAGAUGAAAGUUAAAACAAAGACGUUUAGCAAACUGUUAAAGCACACAAACCAUCGUCAUAUGAGAAAUCCAAUGCUGUGACUCUCCACAAGUUGUCCUUCAGGUCGUUAUCUUUGUAAUAUUUGUGUCUUUUAUCAAAAAGCACUCUGUUCUCCGACACGUAAACAAUCAGCCGGUCGGCCAUGUUGGAUAUACUGGUGAAUUGGACGUCGCAACAACACAGAAUCUGAUUGGUCAUAAGUGGACACACUAGCUAAACUUUAGAAAAAUCGACCGUGAUACAAAAAAAUAACUGCCGCAAUAUCGCAGGACGGGAAAACGUUGCUGAUGUGAACGCUUGUAUUGACAGGAUACGGGUUCGAAAAAAAAUAUUGACGUCCGAAAUAAUCGCGUGAAAAAAAGGGUCCCGGUGUGAAAGGACCUUAAGCAUGCUGCAACAUUUAGCUCCAAAUGUCUAAACACAAGAUUAAUACAACAGACCUUAAUGCCAAAGACCUGUAGUGGGCGCCAAAGCAGGACACACACUACAAAAUAAGCAGGCUAACUUUUGGUACCAUUUCCUCUGUUGGACAAAAGUAAGCCAAGUCCUGAUACUUUGAUUUACUGUCAGCUUUUCUAGCAGUGUAAGGUACGUUUCAGUAUUUUAGUUAAGGUGACCAUCUGAACCCCAAAAAGAGGACACAACUACGCAGAGUCACAAAGUCACACAAAGUUAAUUUUGGGAGUUUUUCAGGUCGGGUCAAGUGUCUUUUACUCAGUAAGUCCAUGUGACACAAACUCGAAACUUCCAUACAAAACCCCAAACAUUAGGAGGAUUUUGUAAACUUCCCAGGACAAAGCCAGACAAGGCCGGACAGCGCCCAAAAAAGAGGACAUGUCCGGGUAAAAGAGGACGUAUGGUCACCCUAAUUUUAGUAUCAAGGUUGUAUGAACUAAAUGUCCUUAGUGAGUGUACUGACCACAAUAAAUGUCAGUCAGCUCAGCCUUUUUACUGGAAAACCUUUACCAUGUUAUCUCUGUGAUUUUGAGACACUUUGACCCAGCACUCAUCUUGAUUUACUGGUACGCUCCACCAAGAAUGUUUUCAGCCCUUUACAAUCAUAAAUGCCUCUGGUUUCUUGUGUGUUGUGACAUGUCUUCAAAUAGACAUAAAUACAACCAACCUUAAUAAUAGGUGAUUCUGACAGCGUUGAUAACAUGCUAUUUAUUGUGGAAACAUGUGGACACCUUUAUGGACUGGGGUUAACAGAGCAAAAAGGCGACUCAAUGCGCUGAAAGAAAAAGCGACAAAACCUCGACAUGAACUGGACAGCAGGAGGGGUGUAAACUGCAAGCUGAUGACAACAAACAGAGAAAACUACUUGCCAUCACGAGUAAGACUUGGUAUCAACAGUAACUCUAAAUAAACCGGCAGUUCACACAAGGCUUCAGUGUGCAACGAUCACCAACUGGAGUCCACUGCGGAAAAAAACGGUCAAAAUUCAAAAGCUAAUCCCACUGUUUGCGGAAGAGCUUCUCUGUGUGUGUUGCAUCUGCAUGUUGUAGUGCAAAAGAGGCUUUCUGGUUGCAAAGCAAAGAGUUGGAAAUUUUCUAGGUAAAACUUGCCUGGGUCUGUGGAAACGGUACAAGCAAGGUGGCUUUCCAGCUGAUUUUGGCUCCUGGCGUACCCGUGCUGGCCCUGCUCAACUUCAUUUUGGACCUCCGGGGCAGGACUCUGUGAUACCUGCUAUAGCCUUCUCCCAUCCCAGCUGUGUCUUCCUUAUCCCCAGAAUUAGAGUCUUGGUUGAAGCGGCUGAAAGCUACUGCAACGUUAGUUUAAGGUCUCUUUCAAGAAUAGGGAAUGACAUGUGGCAAAGGACCAUGCAUUGAACUCGAACCCAAGCUGUAGUAUCUGUACACGUACCUGCCAUUUGAGUUUGCACAAUUUUUAUUGUGUGUCUCAUCUUUUAAAUGCCCUUAUUUGCUUUUGCCCUUGUCAGCCACUUUAAAGCUCCAGUGAGGAAGUUUUGGUUUGUGUCAAUUUUGGCGCCCCCUUGAGGACAAAGCAGUCUUGGUUUCUCUCGUCCUUAACAUGUUUAAAUACAGUCUCUUGACAAAUAUCUUGUCCUGCUGACCUUUGACCAUCAAAUGUAUUAUUUGUUGUGACUUUUUAAGGUGGAACCAUAGACUGAAUAUAGAAUGGACAGAGUCUGCCUCCUCGCUGGGUGAAGCCACUCCGAGAACAGCACCCUCUGGUGACAGGCUGCAGUAUAGGUUAUAAAUCCAGCCUCCGCCAGCAAAUCUUAUGGAGCUGUGGACAAACUUUAGAAAUUAAUUACACAAAAUACACCCCCCCUUGCGAUGUUGACAUGUAGUUAUUGUAAGACUGGUUUGGUCUGUGCAGUACCAUUUUUAAAAGUAGUUAGGGGUUCAUGUUUUCAAUGACUGACACUUGGUGCAGCCUAUGAGCGUACGAAGAUUGCGUAGCUCACCCAGGGGAUACGCUGUUUGAGCCGAGCGUCAUCACAGCGACUCUCCCGCUGAAUGCGUACAAUGCUACCGCGUUGGUGUUGAUUGGUUGUUGAUUGUUGUUGGUUUUAGAAAAUGGCGAAAAAACACAGGAUUACCGAGAGAUUUUCGGCUUCAAAUCCGUAUACUGGUAAGGCGGAACCAAGUUGUCCAUAGUAAAUACAGUCUGUGGUUGGAACAGACAGGACUGUUUCUUCAGCUGUUGACACCCACCCCCUCACAUCAGUUUCAAGGAUUAAAAAUUACAAUAUAAAAGUUAACAAUCUUGUCCCUAAUGUUUUUGUUUUCUUUUGUUUAUUAUGAAAAAUCACUAAUAUGAAUUUCCAUCUAUUACAUAAAUGUGAAAAAAAAAUCCUCACAGGAGCUUUAAAAAUAAGGCGACAUUAUUAAUCUACAUGAAAAAGACGAGACUUCCCCUCAUUCUACAAUUUAUCCACCCCCAUACCAAUGUCUCACAAAUUACAGGGCAUGCAUGUCUUUUCAAGCAUACUGACUUCUCCCAUCUCUCUCUCUCCUUUCUCUCUUCAUACCCGCCUUCAGGAUUGUGGAGCUAUUCCCAGCGGUGCCUAUCAACCCCCACUGGGGAAUUGUCUCCAAGUGCUUAACUUACAGCAAGGCGGCCUGCGACCCCUUCGUGUACUCCCUGCUCCGACACCAGUACAAGAAGACCUGCACUGACAUCAUCAACAAGCUACUCAAGCGGAGCUCCUUGAACGCGUCAGGGCGCAGACAAGAAAAUCAAGGCAACAGCAUACCGACUGCGGAGUGACAAUAAGCAGGGGACGAUGGGAUACAACCCGAGGGUUGACCUGGGAACGGUCAGUGAAAUAUGAAGCUGGUUCACCGUUUAUGAAGAAGAGAACAAAUAUCAGUUUUUCCUGCACAUGUCUGCUUGAAUUUUGUCUGACAUGCCCAAAAAAAUAACAAGUCACUACAGACAAGGGCAAAACCCUGCACAGUAAUAUCACUAUGCUUGCAUACUGAGCACCCAGAACAGCAGAUCAGUGCAGUGAACUUAUUGUGAGGACAAUAAGCAAUGGCAGGUUUUUAUUUCCACCUGGAGAGACAGAUGUGCUCACCCAAGGAGAACGGCCAGUUCCAGGAAUCAUUAUUCUAACUACAGUAGCUUUCACUCCGAAAUUAGAUAAGUUGCUUUUGCAGAGUUUCUAUUUAUUGGACAUGACUGUAGUACAUACUCACAUUAUCUUUCAAAGAGAAGGAAUAGAAACACCUGUAUGUCUUUUUUAGUCAAGCUGGUACUGUAUGUAGCACUGAAAACUAGCCUAACCAAAACUUGAUUCAAAACCAGACUUAAUGGGGUGAAAGAUACUUCCAUAUCAACAAAAUCUGGAUAGGCUAUUGUUAUUUUUGUAGUACAAAUCCCGCUGCCAAUGAAGGAAAGAAAAGCAAGAUUAUGGAGCUUUUUGUGUGUUUAAUUUGCGCCGACAUAUCGCCGUUAUUUGUGCUUUCAGUUCCAAUUUUGAAGGACUUUUUAGUGACCCAGUAAAGUCGAGUAUUAAUGGGUAAAAUUGGCCUUCAAAUCGGCUGCCUCUGCUGUCAUGACUGACUGUGUGCCCCUCAGGUUGUUUAUUCAAGUGGAGCGUGAUUGACUGUACUUUCCCCUCUGUACUCGCAGAGAGAGCUCAGCGGAGUAUGCUUCAUGCUCUCGCACACAUUUGAACAAGAUGGACAGAAAUGGAACACAGUACAUGAUGUCUUUGUUUCUUUACUUAGCAGGGUGAUCAUAUGAAAACUGAUGUCAUCAUGUGAUUUUUAAAGGCGAUGAUGACCAUCCAUGCAAAGAUAGAAAUGAUUCUCAGAAUGAAACACGUCGGGGUAGAGGGAUUGAUCAUUUUUCUCGUGUUAGAUGUAAUGUUGAAAAAUCUUUUAAAGUACCUCCCAAUUUUAUCAACCUGUGAUGCAAUUUGUGAACAUGCGUAGACAAAGCAAAUUUUUUUCAAAAGCAGCUGCAAUUGCUCCAAAUUUAGAGGACAACUAUAUUUUUUCAUAUAGUUGUAAUGCAGUAUUUUGGUAUUAAGGCUAAAGAGUAGAAUAUUAAGAUAAAAUGAACUGUCUUCUCUUAGCAAAGCAGUAUUGAAAUGAAACACUUCCUAAAGCUAUUAAGUUUAAAGGGUACACAUUUGAUUCAAUUUUAAAACUCCUGUGAGGAGUAUUUUGGUGUUUAUGAAAUGGAUAAAAACGUCUGUUUUUAUGAUAUACAAAAGCAAAUAAGGUCAUUAGCAACAAAAUUGGCAAUUUUCAGGUGAAAUAGUGCAAGGGGGGAGGUGUCAAACAUUUCUUUUUUGCAAUUUCCACAUAAUAUUUACAAUAAUUGAUAAGUUUAAAAGUCAGCGGGAUGAGACUUCUUGUAAGAAGACACAAAUUAAGGACAAGAUUAGCAAAAAUUGGUCUGGCACAGGGGGCCAAAAUUGACAUAAACAAAAAAAGUUCCUUACAGGGGCUUUAAAUAUAAUAACAGAUCUUUAUCCUUAUUUUAUGACCUUGUGCAGCAACCUGUAACCAACCAGCACCAGGUCUGAGUAAAACUAGAAUUUUUUUUAUAUGCUGUUUGCCAGGCAAAAUUAGAUUUUGUGCCUCCCUACACCAAAUAAUAUAACCUGAAACAGGUUCUUAUUUGGAGAAAGUUCCUUCUUGGCAAAUAAAUAAUAAGUUAAUUCCCCAAGUUGUUCUGUUUGAAUCAUAAUCCCCCAAAAACUUCAGAUUACCCACUGAUAAAAUAAUGGCCCAGACAAAAACAUUUGAAGUGCAACAACUUGUUUCCUGUUGACUAAUCCUAAAAUUGCCUUGUUGCUUUACCUGUAAUAACCCUGUGGUGCGUUAUCUGCAGCUACCUGUGCAACAGUAAAUUGGAGGGAACACGGUACAUUUUUUUAACAAAUGAUCAAUGACAUCUUGGUUUUCUCAUUGCACUGAAAGAUUUAAGAGCGUAAACAAAGCAAGCUAAUUUUCAGUAAACCAGAAAAGACAGAUUUAUGUAAGCUUCUACUUAUUUCCAGAGCUGCACUGCUUUGGAAGGCAUUUGUACGACCAAAUUUGCAUCUUUAUUGUAAAAUAUGUUAAAUUUUAAGUAUUUUUGAGAGAAUUACUAAAAAGACAGUACAUGUUUAUAAAAGAGACAGGUGGCAGUGGAGAGACAGUAAUAUUAUCUUUUUAGCGUCACAUGAAUAGACACAUGUUCAGUCUAUUUAUUAAGCCUCAGUGGUUGUGUAGUUUCCAGGCAUUUCCUGAGGCCUACGCCCAUGAGCCCUCUUGACUGACUGUGUUGUAAACCCAUUACUUCAUAUACCCGCUCUUUUCUGUUCCAGAGGACAGGCAGCUCUAAGUCAGUGGACUUUUGAUUGGGCUCCACUUUUUUAAAGAAUAAACUCUGUUUAAUAGAGCGCCCAGGUUUAAGGAACAGGAGACUGUAUUGUAAAGGUUUACUUCGUGGAAAUCCUGUAUUCAGUUGUCUCCUUUGUGUUGAUAUUAUUGCUGCAUUUUGAUACACAAUGCAUUUGGACUGUGCAUUCGAAGGUUUGACAGUAAGAUGCUGUCACACCCAAAUGAUCAAUGACGCCCAGUGAGCCAAAUGUAAGUAGCUGCUGAUCACUUUCUGAAAACACUACAGAAGAAACUUUCAAAACUUGUGAUGAAUUGAUUUAUUGCCUGUGUUUUGUGUCCUUGACUCUAAAUAUUCAUGAUUAUAUUGUUUAGAAAAAUGGCUGUCUUGGACAUACGAUGCAUUGCAUAGUACAGUACUGUAUUACACUCCAAGGCAACCAAUGCCUUAAACUUUUGUAAUAUACAGUGGUUCAGAGGUUUAUUUACAAUGAAACUUAGCUAUCUUAUACACUAAGUAUUGAAUUAACCAUUGCCUUAUUCACUUCUGUUCAUUAACACAUAACCGUCUAGAAUCUGCCUCUGUUAUCUGCUAUACACCAUAUUCACAUAGGCAGCAUUUUUCUUUGACGCCAUGCUUAAGGAGAGGGUUGGAUGCUUUAUUACUGGGUUUAAAGUGAUGAAAUUUGGUGUAUUUUAAAAAUUCAACCAUUUUUUGGAGGAAUACUUGUAUAAAUAGACACAAAAUUAGAAGAUAACAGAAGGAUGUUUGGCUGUAUUUCAAAGUAGAACACUGCGCUGUUAGCUAGGCAGUAACAUCGCAACUAUCUUUCUUAACACGUAACCCUGCCACACAGUAACAUAAACUUUCAUCAACUUCCACAAAAAUUUAAGUAUUUUUUACUUUAAGAAAAAAAAGGAAAAUGCAAAAAUUUUACAAACAGGAAAAACAAAAAUUAUUUGAAACCAACCUUAAGCAUACGUCAAUAGAAAAAGGCUGCCAUGUGAAUGUGAUCAAGUCAAUGGUGGUUUCUUGCUGAUGUUUUGCACUGGAGUAGUUUUUUUUUUUUUCAUCAAAAUGAAGAAAAUGUUUAUUUGGUAAAAAAAAAAAAAAAAAAGCUAAACAUAAAGUAAUAUAUGUUGACAGAUUUAGAUAAAUGACUAUGUGAAGAGUAUUUUUGUGUCUUUUUGAUAAAUGUAAUUUAUGAUGACACAACUGUAUAUUUGUCGGAGUGUUACAGAAUGUGCUGCUUUAAAUGCAAACUCGGUUUUAAGUGUCGUUGAUAGAUGACGAUGACUUGUGUGUAAUAUACCUCAUUUGUUCUGGUAACUGACUUGACUGCUUGAAGUGUUCUGUUUAUGUACCUCCUAAUUUAUUAAACCAUAGGCUCAAUACUGCUGCUGCUGCUGCUAAAGAUGGCUAAGACGACAACCAGUUGAUGAUGGCGGCGAUGUGGCGACGGGUUUCAUUGAUGAUUAUCAUGACGGCUGUUGCCACGAUGAGAUGAGAGUGAUUGUAAUAAUAAUACUGGUGAAGAUGAAGUGACUGUUUUAGAUUUUGACCAUGAUGAUUAAAGUAAACUUUUGACUUAA